ACCGAUCUUAGAUCGUAUCGUCGAUCAUCUCAUCCAGGACCAAGGCCCGCCCACUAGAAAAUUGUCGCCGGACUUGCGAAAUCUGGCUGUCGUCGACGAUGCUUGUCGCAGGAGCGUAUUUGCCAAGAAAAAGUGCCUUGACUUGGUUCAAGUAUGAUCCCGUGACGAGAUUAUGAACGCCUUCAAGAUGGCAAACAAGGUUACGUCCCCGCUGAUCAAGCGCCUCGUCAUCGCGGUGGAGCAGCGGAUCGAUAACUUCCAAGAUUUCGGCAUCUUCAUACAAUCACUUAUGAGACAUAUCGAACAUCUAGAUUGGUUCGAGACCAAGCUGCCGAACUUACCUGGCCCUCGGUUCUCACAAGAGAGUCGUCUACCCUCUGGAUCAAAUCUUCCCGGCUUUUUCCCCGGCCACCUCAAAGGAUUGGACACGUUGGUCAUGGAUAUACCAUUCUGUACCCCUGAGAAAGGCAGUGCAAGGGAAGCGCAUUGGUGGGGCUACUUCUCUUGGCUCUUCUUCACUCCUACCAAGAUCAAAAGCAUCGUCGUCACAAUGACGUUCGAUGCGGAUAUAAUUCCGCAAGAACGUCCGACCCAAAGAGAUGUCGCAAUCGCUAUGGGAUUGGGUCAUAUCUCGGGAUAUGAGUCACUGUUCGCCGGCAGCUGGGUCUGCCGGGAUAAUAGAGUGGACACUAUGACUCUGGACAUGAAGGAUUUCUUGGCAGCUUUAUUAUACGCCCGCCCAGCCUUUGAGCAGAUCACCAUCAUCUACAAAGUCUUCCUGAGGAUGAGGGGCAUGCACGAUAUACUAGGAAACGACGUGGCCAAGCCAUUCCGCACGGUGCACGCGAGCCGAGUGAUAGGCACCUCAGGCUUACAGGAUACAAUAGGCUGCACCGACAAGAUCGAUCUGGAAAGAGAGGGAUUAGUCAAUAGCGCAAUUCAGGACAUGAGCGAUCUCUCGUUGAUAUUUCCGAUAUUGGCUUCUUUCAAUCGCCGACCUCAGCGGACGGAUCCAAGUAGUGCAGAGUGAUGCGGAGAGUAGGCGACGGUCAGGUCUCAGAGACACCAUUUCGAGUCAAGAGCGCUAGGCAAUAGUUGCGUUGAUGUUAUUCCAAGGCGGUAAAAACAUAGCUAUACGAUA